GGUAGCCUAUUGUGGAGGAGAGGAGACUCCUUCUGGACCCAUCAUACCACCAUGCUCAGCUAGAAUCGAUUAAAGACUUUACCAGCGGGCGGUGAAGUUGCUUGCAAAAGGAGUAUUGAUUGUUGAUAAGACCAGCAUGUAUUUUGGUAACGUCUGUCAGACCACUACCCUGCCUUCAUUGGACCUUGGGCCUCCUGUGGGAGGAGUCCACCAAUCCAUGGAGCUGAAGCCCCUCCUCCCGCUCAGCCUGUUCCAUGGUUUCACUGAAAUGGACCGCGUUCACAAAUCCCAGAUUGGUCCAGGAUUUGGACUAACCACGCCCCUUAUGAGGAAACCCAGCUCAUCGUGUGCCGUGUGCCGACUGAGGUUCAACUCAGAGAGCCAGGCCUCAUCCCAUUACAAUGGUACCAAACACUUCAAGAGGCUCAAAGCCCUUGACUCACCGGACUGCAAGACCAGAGCCCCCGACACAGUAACCAAGGAAACCACGACCAAGAGCGUAUCACCCUGCCUUGUGCCGCCCAGCUCAGAACCCAGUUCAAGAGAUGUCACAGCCGGAGCCGUGUUGUCACCACCCUCUGCCUCUGGGGUGGUUCCAUCGACCUGCUGCCCUUCUGUAUCCAUGGAAAUGCCCUCUGACCCCUCUCUGUCACUCUGUCCCCUGAUGGAGAAGGAGAUGGAGGGAGAGGUGGAGGAGGUUGUGGAGUCGGAGGAAAAGAAGGCCAAGAGACAACUAUACUGUUCUCUCUGCAAGGUGGCGGUCAACUCUGCAUCCCAGCUACAGGCUCACAACAGCGGCACGAAACACAAGACAAUGCUGGAGGCCAGGAGCGGCGACGGAGCCAUAAAGUCAUUCCCCAGGUCAGGGGUCAAAGCCAAGCUGGCCACUCCCACUGAGGUGUCGACUGGGCUCCAGAACAAAACUUUCCACUGUGAGAUCUGCGAUGUGCACAUCAACUCCGAGACACAACUCAAACAGCACAUCAGUAGUAGAAGGCAUAAAGACCGUGCAGCAGGGAAGCCAGCCAAGCCCAAGUUUAGCCCCUAUGGUCUGCCGUCUCAACGCAACCAGAAUCUACAGACAGUUGGGAUCACUCUGAGGAAGGAGCAGGACUUGGCAAAGCCUCUCGUCUCGUGCCUCUUACAGCGGCAUCUCUCCCUCGCUGCUGCUGCUGCCAUGGCAACCCUGUCCCCGUUCCAUUUGCGCCCUGCCCCUACAUCUGGCUCCGCCCUCUUUCAGACUCAGCCCCUCCACCAGACCCUAUUACAUCCUGCCCCAGGACCUCUCCGUACGGCACAUACAUCAGUUCUUUUCUCACCGUACUGACUCAGACCUGAACCAGAUUUGGCCUACUCCUGACUCAGACCCAUGUCAGAUGUACCAGAACCCAACAGAAUCUGUGGGACCAGUGCAGACAAAAUGCAGUCUGUAAAGUUGGAAACAGAACUGGGAUCAGAUUCAGAGUAUUUAUCUCUACUGACCAUCUUGGACCAGGGUGUCUAUGUUGGUUUUUGUGCCAUGCUUGAGUGUGUGCGUGUGUUCAUGUGUUCGAUCGUGUGUUCGUGUGUUUGUCAUGAAAUAUGAGUAUUGUUUUUCAAUAAAGAAUUUGUUGCUUACCUUGAUACUAAUCCCUCUUUGGGUCGCGUUCAAGAAUUUCUCAAACUGAAAUGAAUUAAGAGACUCAGAUCCUUUAUUUUGGCUUCAAACGAUGGGCCUCAAUUAUUUAUUACUGAGAGUACAGGUAAUCCCCUUGGCUUAACUUCUUCAGAUAAAUCACAACAGGAAUGUGCUCCUUGACCGUGACUUUAUUGUCUGGGAGAUGCUGCUGUGCACAGGAGGACCCAGGCCCCAUGAAUCUCUGUAGAGAUCCAUUUAAUCAGACAUAUGUUGGUAAAUCUAAUGUUUUGGUGGGCGGUAGUCUAUAAGAAGGGGUUAACCCCUAUCAAAUAGAACUAUUCGACAUCCUUAACAAGAUUUUUAACAAUAUACGUACAUAUUAUCAUAUGUUUGUAUGGCA